CUCAGUACUGCCCCCCCCCCUCUCUCUCUCUCUCCUCUCGCCUCUUCUCUCUCUUCCUUCCUCUGCUCUCCUCCGCGGCGCCUCUGCUUCCUCGCCACGCCAGAGCUCAGCGAACCCAACCCAAUCCAAGCUCUCUCGUCUCCGUUGCCCUCGCCGUGGAGGAGGACGCGGCACGUCGAACCCUAGCCCCGCGGAUGGAAGGCUCGGGCCGGCUCGCGUUGCGCGCCGGGAGAUAGGGGCGGGGCCGAUCGGCGGGGCGGAGGGGAAUGAGGGCUCCGCAGGAGCGCCCCGUGAGGGAUCUCUACGAUCGCACAAGGCACAAGGAUCUCGCGGCCCCCGAGGAAUCAGCGGAAGGGCGCGGCGAAGGACGCGCGGAGGGGUCAGGGCACCGCGAAGUGGCCUCCAAGAUGGAGGACAAGAAUACAAUAAGGAAAAGAUUGGUAUCAAGCGACAACACUCGCGUGAAGGCAGAGUCUGGCACCUGCAAUGUCUGUUAUGCUCCUUGCUCCUCCUGCCUACACCGAAGUCUUGCACUCACGGAUUCAAAUGUUGACUGUGUGUCAUCGCAAACAUGCUCCACAAGGUCAGAAAUAAAAAACAAUUCACUCAUUCGUAGUGAGAAAGGGCUACACAAUAGAGCAGAAAAUGAUGAUGAAUUCAGUGCAGCCUCCAGUAAUGCUUCCUACUCUGAAACUGGUGGAAAUAAAGCAGUUGCAAGAUCAUCCAUUGCAGAGGAUUCUUCAGAAGUUGACAUGCCAGCAAAACGUAGGAGGCUAUCAAAUCAAGAUAUGAGACUAUCUAGAGCAGAAUACCAUGAUGACAGCAACUCAUGUGUUACUGGUAAACCAGCAGAAGGCAAACUUCUUCUGGAGAAGAAAAAACUAUCGACUUCUGCAUCCAGUCGUGAUCUGACUGUUAAAGAUUAUAAAGACAAUAGCAUUGCUAGUCACAGCAGACUAAGAAAUCAAUGUGUUGAUGAAUCUACAGCAAAGAAAGGAUCUGAUGUUCAUGAUAUGCAUCCUAGCUCAUCUGGUAGACUGUUUCCAGCAAAUUCCUCUUCUGUUAUGACCAAAAAGUUGCUGCGAACGCAGUCCUCUGUCAGUGCAUCAAAAGGAAUAUCUCCUAAGAGACAAGCUCAUGAGUUUGGAAAGGCACAAGAUAAUUUAUCUCGUCAACCUAGUGAGAAGGCUUCUCUUUCAAAUAAUAUCAUAGAGCAACCACUGGGUGACCCUCGUGUAGUUGGUGGUGACAACCAUGGCAUGCUGACAGGUUGUAGUACGAGUAACAGAAAUGAAAAGAACGCCGGAUUCUCACCAAAAGAUCUGGAAAAUGGCACCUCAUGCUCAAAAGAUGAAACUCAAGAACAUGCUGACAUCCAAUUUAAUGAUGAUGCUAAGAGGAAUGAGGGUGAUAAACAAGACUGGGAUCAAGAUUGUUCAAUGGAUAUAUCUAGCGAUGAAAAGUUGAAUAUACAGAAUGAUGUGAUGACAGACUGUGGGAAUUCGGAAGGCUUAAUAGAUGUUAAUGUUUGUGAUAUAUGUGGAGAUGUUGGUAGGGAGUAUCUUCUAGCUACAUGCACUAGAUGCCUUGAGGGGGCGGAGCAUACUUACUGCAUGCGAGUGAAGUUGGAUAAAGUUCCAGAUGGUGAAUGGUUAUGUGAAGAAUGCCAGCUGAAGGAAGAUCAAAGCAAAAUAAAACGUAAAUACGGUGUCAUGGCCGUUAAUAUUUCAGAAGGAAAGAACCAAAAUUCAGAAAGUCAAAGUAACCCUAAGGCGUUGCAAGUUGUUGUGCCUAAUUUGAAUGCUCCGGAAAUCACCUGCAGCACACCAACAGCUGGUCAUUGUGAUGCUAAGAAUCAAAAGUUGCAUUUAGUGUCAGCUGGUACACAAGCAGGGCAAGUAAAGGUUACCACCCCAGCUGCUGAAAGAUUGGAUGUGAAGAAUAAAGAUUUAAGUAUGGCAAACCAUAAGAAACUGCAAGUCGUUACAUCUGAUUUGGAAGUACGACCACAUAAUAAUGGAACACCGACGCCCGUAAGCUCAAACAAGAAGAAUCAAAGUUCAGGUUUUUGGUUAAACCGUAAGAAGGUGCGAGUUUCUACUGAUAUGGAAUCGCCAUUGUCAAGUGAAGGUUUGCGGAGUCCACCUGUAUCAUGUAAGAGACUGGCAGAGAAUACUUCGUCCCCUAAUCCUAAGCUCUUCAAGACAGACAGCCUUAGAAAAGAUGUUUUCUCUCGUGAGAAUUCAUUUAAGAAAUCUAACAAGGGAAGUUCAAAUUUACUUGAUAAUGCUCCAGUGAGGACUACUCAAGCAGUCAAAAGUUCUCAGACUUUACCACGGUCAUAUUCCUUGGGAAGCGUAGUGAAUAGUAAAGCACCGGUUCCUUCGCCAAGAGGCCCUUUAUCAAAGCAACUUUCUUUGAACAGCUCCAACAAUGGACCAAAGGUCAAACAGUUGGUUGAAGGCGUGGCAAGCAAGUUGAGGCCUCUGAAACAUUCCCCAAGAGACCCUAGAGAUAAGGGGCCUAUAAAAAAACUUACGAAAUCUGGAUCUUUCAAAUGCGAGGUGUCAGUAGAUUCUUUCAAAUGCGAGGUGUCAAUGUGCAAAGAUGCCUGCUCAUCAAAACAAAAGCAAUCAUUUCAUUUGUCUCAAGAUGAAAAGCCAGGAAUAUUGAAGCCAGUGAAAGAAAAGAAAAUGAUAGAAAGAAGAGCUUCUUUUAGUUUUAGAAAACCAAACAUUCCUUCAUCUCCAAGGCCUGACAGUUCUAUGAAGUCAGGGGAAAGAAAAAUUGACCAGGAUAUUUCAAGGUCUGGACCAAGCAUACUUAAAAGUAGCAAAAAAACUGGAAAUGUUGAAAAGAAGCAGAGCUCUGAUUUGUCUAAAAGCGAGAAGCAAGAUGUUACUGUGCAUCGAAAACCAAUAGGAGUUGUUUCUGGUGAAGAUGCUUACACACUGAAGAUAUCUGAUCUACCAGUUCUGUCCCAAUGUGUCAAAAAGGAUAGCUUGAAUGAUGGUGUGGGUAAAGAUUCGUUUGUUUCGGUGAAAAGUAAUGAAAUGCCAACCGAGCCUCCUGAUGUCCUUCCCACAACAUGUGCUUCCAUGACUUGCGAAUCAGAUUUGCAAGAUAUAGUGCCAAGAGCAAACACCUCGGAAGAUUCAGGUUCUAAAGUGGUAUGCUGUGAACAAAAGCCUUUGGAAAGUGCAGUAAAUGGCUCCUGUAAAAUUGUAGAGGCAGCUCAAGCUUCAGAAGACAUAUUGCCUGAGAGUCCACAUGUUCUUCAGAUGGCCCAUAAUCUAUACCCCACUGACAAUAAAUUGGAUAAACCCAAUUUGAAGAAGGAAGCUUUUGUUGAUCAAUCUUUGAUUGUUGAUCAAUCUUUGACUCUCGAAAAUCCUUCAAGAGAUUUAGUUAUUCCAGAGCAGUCUUACAUCUGGCAGGGCAGCUUUGAGGUUUCAAGAUAUGGAAACUCCCCCAAAAUGUUUGAUGGGAUUCAGGCUUACUUGUCUACUUGUGCCUCGUCCAUAGUACGUGAAGUGGGCAAACAAUUACCUCACAAAAUUCAGCUAGCAGAAGUCCCUUGGCGUUCCUCAUGGCCACUGCAAUUUAAGGAAGUAAAUCCAACUGAAGAUAACAUCGCACUUUUUUUCUUUGCUAAAGAUGCCGAAAGUUACGAAAGUGCAUACAGGAAACUCUUGGAGAACAUGCUUCUUUGUGAUUUAUCCCUCACAGCAAAUAUUGGCGGCACUGAACUUCUCAUUUUCCCCUCUGAUAAAUUGUCUGAGAGGACUCAACGUUGGAAUGGUUUACUUUUCUUAUGGGGCAUCUUUUAUGCCCGGAAAGAAAGUAGCUCACCAGAGCUUCCUGUCACAGGGACAGACAAUUGUCCAUUAGAACCAAUCACCAGACCUGUUAUCCAGCAUGAUGUGUGUUCCCCUAAGGCGCUUCAAUCUUUGGGUAUAGAUUUGAAUGAGUGCCCUGAUGAUGAUUUAUCUGACCCAGCUGUAUCACUUGGAUCGGAGAUGGAGAAGUCUGGUGCGUCUACAGACCAUAAUACUUUAUUGGAGUUCAAACAUGAGGAUAGAAAGCUGAAUGCAUGUGAAAUUCAUCAUGAAGACACUGCAGACACCAGUCAGAUUGUUUUAGGGCAUCCUACCGCAGCUCCCUAUGGAACUCAUUUUCCCACAAUCUCAAUAGGAGAAGGUCAUGACAUGAUGCAGGAUUAUCCAAGUGCUGCAAAAGGCACCACAGAAACAGCUGGUAGAGGCAUAAUGGAAGAAGAAGAUGGUUUUUGUCAGGACAAAGCUCCCUUCUGUGUUGCACAAACAGGUGCGAUCAGAGCAAUCUCAGUUGAGAUAAUAGCUAAGAAACAGGCACUUCUGCCCUCCGUAGAAGUAUCUCCACAAUAUUCUAGUGGUUCAAAAAUUUCUGAUGAUCCAAGUGAAUUAAUUCUGAAGUCAGACAUGGGUUCAUUGGAUUCUGACUUAAGCUACAAAAGGCAAAAUACUUUUCAUGGAAAACACUCUACUUGCAGUUUUGGAGAUGCACAACUGCCUAGCAAAUGCAUGUCCAAGAUACACCCCUUACCGGCUGGUCAGCAUAAUCCAUUCGAGGAUGUACAUUAUAUUUACAGGGGUCCCUCAGAUCCUGGCUCCCUUAAAAAACUCAUCCCAGAUCAUGCUAUCCAUGUUCUUUCAUCAGAUGAUGAAGACUCCCCAGAACCUAGUACUAGCUUAAAUAAGGCAUCACUGAAGGCAGAUGAGAGUUCCUCCUCUUUAUUGUCACUGUCCCUGUCUACAGUGCCAAUGAAGCCUAAACUUGCUGGUUCAAAUAUUGGAGCUGAUGAACCGCUGUCUCUAUCUCUUGGGCUCCCUAGUGUGGUGGAAGGGAGUCGGGCUCUGGAGAUGAAGCAGUUUCUGCCGGAGAAGCCAGGCAUAAACACUUAAUGCUUCUUUAGAUAUGCGAGUGUACAGUUUUGUGCUGUGUUUAGCAUUGUGGAGUUUAGACAGGAUAGAAGUGUGGUAUAGCUGUUAAAUUAUGAACAUUUGUGUUUUUUCCCCACUGUUCUAUGCAUCUGCUGCUGUUGUUAGUGAUGCUGGCAUGGUGAUGUUAUUGUCUGCCAUUUUAUGUGAUAUAUGGUAUUAGUUUCACGCGGACUCAA